ACUUUAAACUUGUCGUCUAAUCCUGUCAUUCAAUCUUGCACAAUUUCUCUCAACACUCAAAACUUCAACAUUUCUCUUACCAAUAAGUUCCAUCUGCUUUACCUUCCUGCACAAAGAACUCUUCGUUAGUCCCUUGAAGUUAUCACCCAAGUCUUUUCAGGUCCAUGUAAGUCUUUAACAUUUUUUCAUCCUUCGAUCAAAAUUUUAGGCCUUCUUAAAGGGUCUGGUAGUUCUUAUCAGUGCUUUGAGAAUUCACAGCUGACCACGUAUGAUAUGCAGAUCAAGUAGCCAUGGAAAAGCAGCAUCCUUCCGGAGCUAAACGAAAGGCUGUCGAUGCAUUCGCAUCUCUCCCAGUCGUACAAAAACUUCGCACAACUUCAGCAUCAUUAGAAGAUCCCUGGGCAGUGUUGAGUAGUGGUGAUUCUAUUUUUAUGACAGAUGACGGAGGCAAAAGUUUUUGGCUAGAUGAUAAAAUAAAUCAUCCUAGACAGGCUGUGGAAUUUCCUCGGGCCGUUCGAGGACUUGAUUUAAUUCACAAACCUUCACCCUCGUCAUAUCUUCAGUAAGUAUUGAGCAUGAGAUUUAUGUUGCGUAAGCUAAUAAGCUUCACUGUAGGAUGAUUAUGGGACCGAGGGUGAAGGUGUUUGUUGGUCCAAAAAAAAAGUUAUUCGAUCUACCAAAAGACCUGCUAUCACACUACUCUCCAGUUUUAGAUCGGUGCUUCAAUGGGAGGUUAAUCGAAAGCCAAACGCAAACAGCAUAUUUACCGGAGGACUCAGUGGAUGAUUUUGAGGUCCUUGUGGAGCACAUACUUCGUCACGAUAUCAGUUAUACGCUCUCUAUUUCCAACUGCGGAACGAAAACGGCGGAGCGUUGUAUAUCUUUCUUGAAAUUUGCAGACAAAUACAAUCUGGGAAAUAUCAGCAACGCUGUGUAUCACGUACUUCGACCAGCGUUGAUAAAGUAUGGAAAGGACCAUUUCAAGGCGAGCUACAUCGAAGAAGUAUUUGGUUUGACGAAGUCCGGUGAUUGUUUGCGAGAAUUGAUGGCAGAUGCCGCUAUUUCAUUCGGUGGUAUUGAGCUUUCACGAGCUUUUGGAAAGCCUGGCCUUUUUCAUAAGCAAGAAAUUGAGACAGUGGGAUUCGCAUCCGUCUUGUUCCAACAACUUAUAGAGACAACAAGAACGUUGAAAAUUAUGGAUCCUUUCUCGAAUGAAUCAAAAUACUUGUGAUCUCUGUUUAGGGCUUGCCCCAUAGAACUGAGACUACCUAUUUUCUGCAGAAGUUCCUCAGUGGAGGUGGAGGAGAAGCAGGUUUAGCUAAUGGAAAGUAGAAAGUGCCUGGAGGUUUCAUGAUCGACGCGGUCACCUGCGGGUUCAAGAGUUUUAGUGGUCAAUCAAACAAGAACAGGUGUAUUGCAGAGAGAGAGGAAGGAAUCCAAAUUAGCUUGUAAUGAUGGAUUGAUAUUGCAGGUACGGAAUUAGUGGAGGAUGGAAUCUACCAUGAUUUGCGCAGUUAGCCAUAGAAGGUAU